UCCCUCCUCCCCAAUAUAUAAACCCCUUCUCAACCUCCUUUCCUCUCUCAGCUUGACGUUCCCUUAGAACACCAAGCUAUUCUUCUUCUCCAUUUCAAUCUUUUCUUUUAUUUCCAUCCAACUCCCCCAACCAUGCAGGCUCUUCUACCCCCUAGUAAUCUCCUCAAGCCCUACAUUCCACCCCCGUCUCGGGUCGGGUCGACCCGGCUCGGCGUGCAAUGCGCCUACCGCGCCGACUCCCUCAACUUCCACAGCUCCGUCGGCUCGAGCCGGUCCGACUGGCAGAGCUCCUGCGCCAUUCUCGCCAGCAACGUCGUCUCCUCUUCCAAGGAGCAGCCCGCCGAGAAACCCGGUAGCAGCAACGACCACGUCGCCGCCGUCAACGGCCACAAGUCCUCCUCCGUUGACCUCGACCUCGUCCCCAUCGACAAGCUCUCCCCCACCGACGUCGACAAGCCGGCCUCCCCUCCGGCCAAGGCCCUCACCAUCACCGACCUCUCCCCGGCCCCCAUGCACGGCGCUCAGCUCCGCGUCGCGUACCAGGGAGUCCCCGGCGCCUACUCCGAAGCCGCCGCCGGAAAAGCCUACCCGAACUGCGAGGCCAUCCCCUGCGACCAGUUCGAAGUGGCCUUCCAGGCCGUGGAGCUCUGGAUCGCCGACCGGGCCGUUUUGCCGAUCGAAAACUCCCUCGGCGGAUCAAUCCACCGCAAUUACGACCUCCUCCUCCGCCACCGCCUUCACAUAGUCGGCGAGGUCCAGCUGCCAGUGCACCACUGCCUACUAGCACUCCCGGGGGUCCGGAAAGACUACUUGACCCGAGUCAUCUCCCACCCCCAGGCCCUGGCCCAGUGCGAGCUCACUCUCACCAAGCUCGGCCUCAACGUAGCGCGCGAGGCCGUCGACGACACAGCCGGCGCGGCCGAGUUCAUCGCCGCCAACAACCUCCGCGACACGGCCGCCAUCGCCUCGGCGCGCGCCGCUGAUCUCUACGGGCUGAACAUCCUGGCCGACGGGAUCCAGGACGACUCGAGCAACGUGACCCGGUUCGUGAUGCUGGCCCGGGAGCCGAUAAUUCCCCGGACCGACCGGCCCUUCAAGACCAGCAUCGUCUUCGCGCACGACAAAGGCACCUCCGUCCUCUUCAAGGUCCUAUCGGCCUUCGCCUUCCGCAACAUCAGCCUCACCAAGAUCGAGUCGCGGCCGCACCGCAACCGUCCGAUCAGGCUCGUAAGUGACUCGAACGAAGGGACGGCGAAGCAUUUCGAGUACUUGUUCUACGUCGACUUCGAUGCAUCCAUGGCGGAGGUGAGGGCGCAGAACGCGUUGGCGGAGGUGCAGGAGUUCACGUCCUUCUUGAGGGUGCUCGGGAGUUACCCUAUGGAUAUGACUCCUUGGUGCCCUUCGCGGGGUGACUAAUGCUAUUUCUUUAUUUAUCAGACCCCUCUCCGCAAUAUUAUUACCAUACUCGAGGACCAAUGGGGAAAAUUAAUUUCUUUCGUUCUUUCUUUUUACUUUUAUUUUAAUGGACUCUGAGAAAUCCACCACCAAAACCCAAAGGAGAAUUUGUUGUUGGGUAAAUAUUAUUUAUUUCCAAGUACAUUUUUUAGUGGGAAGAAAAUUGUGGGUGUUGCUCUAAAUGUAAAUAAUGCGUAUAUGAUAUUGAGAUCAAUUUGACCAAAUCCUCCUUGGUUUGGGUUC